AUGGGAGACAACCAACCCAUCCGCAGCAACAAUGUCACCACGAAUAGAGUAACACCCAAUCCGCGUCAACAUCCAUAUCCUCCUAUCGCACCAUCUCUACAUACAAACGGUCCACAUACUCCCAUAACUCCCGCUCAAGCCAUUGCCUAUCUAUUGCAACCAUUGGCAAACGAUCCAGUCCUAGGUGCCACGGCGACAGGUCUAUUGUCUGCCGUAUCAUCAAUCAAUGCGGAAGGUGCUACGGCUGAAGCAGUGCAACAGGCUUCAAAUGCUAUUGCUGGACUGUUUGGUGCUGCAAGUCUUGUGGGGUUGACAAAUGCUGCUGCUGCUGCCGCUGCCUCUUCCACCACCAAUAACAACAAUGUAAACAAUAACAGUAACAGCAAUAAUAACAGUAGUAGGGAGAAGAAUAGUGGUAGUGCAAGGAGCGAUACUGCUGAAGCUGCUCGGAAAAAGUCCAAGGACUCGAAUCGAUUCCAGUGUGAACAGUGUGGACGUGUAUUUGGAAGGCAGUACAAUCUCAGCUCACAUCUCAAAACACAUCAAACGGAUAAGCCAUUUGAGUGUGUCCAUUGUGAGGCCAGGUUUGCCAGGAAUCACGACUUGAAUCGACACAAAAAGAUCCAUAGCAAGGAAAAGAUUCAUACAUGCCCUCACUGUGGUCGAACCUUUGCUCGUCGGGAUGCUCUUCGUCGUCAUGAGAAGAUGGACCCAGAUGGGAAGAGGCUUCAUUGUAGCGUACAACUCAACCCAACAGCUGCCCAAGUCAUUGCAAACGGUCUGCUAGUUGAUAAAUCUGGUCAAAUUCCUGCUCUUGCCGACACAGAAAUCAGUGGUCAACAACAGCAUGCUGAAGAAUCGUUGGACGACGACGAGGGAGAUGAAGACGACGAGGACGAUGAUGAAGAAGAGGUCGUUGCUUCAUCUCAUUCAAUCGCCAAGACGAAUGUCAGGAGUUUUCCUCACUUGGAUGCUGCUGCCCGAUAA